AUGGGCAACUCGAACAGCUCCGGCAAGAAGAUUUCCGCACAAGACAGAGCGAUUCUGGACCUCAAGAUCCAACGCGAUAAGCUUCAGCAGUAUCAGAAACGAAUAACGACAAUCACGAGCCGCGAGACGGAGAUAGCAAGAGAGUGCUUACGCAAUGGAAGCAAGGACAAGGCACUGUUAGCUUUGCGCAGGAAGAAGUAUCAAGAAUCACUACUGGCCAAAACGGAUCAACAGUUGGCGCAACUGCAGGCCCUGACCAGUGAUGUGGAGUUUGCUUUGGUACAGAAAGAUGUCAUGUUUGGGCUCCAACAGGGUACUGCAGUAUUGAAAGAGAUACACAAAGAGAUGGGGGGGUUGGACAAGGUUGAGAUGAUAUUGAGUGAGAGCGAGGAGGCUCAGGCCUAUCAAAAGGAAAUAAACGAGAUGCUAAGCGGUAAGAUGUCGAAUGACGAUGAAGACGAAGUGGACCGAGAACUGGGAGCAAUGGAACGAGAAGCGCAGCGAGCACAGGGCAUCACGACCAUGCCCAACGCCCCGUCAGUGACAGCAGGUGAACUACCUGACGCACCUGGUGAGACACCGGAAGAACAGAUAAAGAGGAAGGGAAGGGAGAGGGCAGCUCGAGAUCGUUCAGAACCAAUAGCUGCGUGA